AUGUCGACCAGAUCAGCAGUACACGAAUCCCUCCCAUACAUAGAUACAGAGCCUACCCCAGAUCAGCGCGCCGCCGCCGAAGCACUGAUUGCCGCCGAGCUCCAAAAUUCCGAAGCCGACACCUCGUCCGCUUCACUCCCGCCGCUGCGCGAGCCCAACUUUUCGCCGCUUAUAGCACAAGAGCUAGAGCGCGUCGCGGCCAAGAAACCUCUCGAGGCCAUUGACUUGAAGCGGUACGAGGAGCAGGAGGAACCGUCGGCGGCGGCAUCGGCAGACGAACGGCAGGCGGCUCUGGCACAGGCGUACACGGCCAACACGUACCUGACCUCGCGGCACACGCAUCUCUCGCUGCUCGACAGCUUUGGAAAGAACGCAUGGCUGGUCGGCAACUGGCAGACAGAGGCCGAGCUCGCAGCCUUGGAGCGCGAGCUGGCCGACACCAAGCGGGAUAUUGAGCUUGUCAACAAUGCGCGGCGGCGGGCACAGCAGGACAUCGCUGGUGAGCUCAAGGGCCUCGAAGAGACGUGGAAGACGGGUGUUGGUCGGGUCCUGGAGACCGAGAUUGCCGUCGAGUCGCUGAGGCAACAAGUGCUCGAACGGAGGAGAGCAGGUGUCGCGGCAGAGUGA